AUGGUUCUGGUGCUGACAUCAAGUUAUACAGCCAACUUAACAUCUAUGUUAACAGUGCAACAGCUCCAACCUACUAUAACAGACCUCAAUGAUCUCAUCAGGAAUGGAGAAUAUGUUGGGUACCAAGAAGGUUCCUUUGUCAAAGACGUCUUGAAGCGCAUGAAAUUUGACAGCUCCAAGUUCAGAAUUUAUAGCACAUUGGAAGAGUAUAAUGAUGCCCUCUCAAGAGGAAGUAAAAAUGGAGGUGUUGGUGCAAUUGUUGAUGAACUGCCUUAUAUCAAACUCUCCCUCAACAAGUACUGCAGGAAGUAUAUUAUGGUCGGUCCGACAUACAAGGCCGCCGGCUUUAGAUUCGCAUUUCCAAAAGGAUCUCCUUUGGUACCUGACGUCUCAAGAGCAGUCCUGAAGGUGGUGGAGGGAGAGUUUAUGACUAAAAUAAUUCAGAAAUGGUUUGGGGAUGAAAUAGAUUGUCCAGAGCAAGAUGAAAUGGCUAUAACAUCUGAUAGUCUCACGCUAGAUAGUUUUAAAGGCCUUUUCCUCAUAGCUGGUGUAUUAGCAGGCUCCGCUCUUCUUGUAUUCUUCCUCAGUUUCCUUUAUCAGAAUAGAGAAAUCUUAGCCACUGAUGAUUCUAUAGAGCAAAAGCUUUCUGCAAUAGCAAAAGUCUUUGAUGAAGAGAAAGACAACUCUAAUUCUAAAUCAGAAAAGCCAUCUAAAGGCAGUGAAGGCCAAACGGCUAUGCUGUUCACAGCAAGUGAAGCUUCCCCUGAAAUAUUACCUGACCUUCCUUUGCAAAGACCAGAAAUCAGAAUUUCUGACGGCCUAGGAGCAUCCCCUGCUGAUGAAGGGUUCUCUACAACAGAACCUGGAACUCCACUUCAUGAAACCAUUACAGGGACAGUUGAAGAGAGACUGAAUAGGGCCCUACAAGGGACUGUAGAUAGAUGAGCUAACUUUAGGGUUAGUUAAACCAGAUUACAAUAUAACUUUGUCGCUCCCUGGAACUCCAGUUCAUGAAACCAUUACAGGGACAAUUGAAGAAAGGUGAUACAUAUAGCUUGCUACUAUAAUUGUGACACACCUGAAUAGGGCCCUACAAGAGAUUGUACAGAUAUGAGCUGCUUUAGGGUUAGUUAUAGCUUUUUUUAUAAUGUUGUCGCUCUUGGCCAUAAUAUUUGCAUCAAAGAGGCGGCUCCAGAAUUUAAAUUGAUGGGUUUAACCUUUAAGUUCUCACGAUUGAAUUCAAUGCACUACUGUAAUAUGGGUUCAGAAUUUAAUACUUAUUGAAAUUUUACUAAUUUUCCACUAAUAUUUAUGUUCCAUGUUGAGAUUGCUGGUUCAGAAGUGUAACCACGUAAAUAAAGAAGUAUUUGCCUCCGUUUUCAUCAAGGUUUUUGGGUGGGCAAAUGAAAGAUUUCAGAGGAAUAGGAACAGAACAUCAUUUAUCAAUGCUCACGGACUAAUAAAGAAGGUUUUCAGAUGCCAUAAGCAAACUCAGUUUACUAUUUCCCUUUUCUUCUUUUGUCUUGAAAGAAAGAAAGAAAAAAAUAACCUCCUAUCAGAAGACCAUUUAAUUAAAUUUCAAUAUCUAAGCCGACAAAGACGAAACAAAACGUUAACAAGUAGUGAGAUGACGAAUAGAAGUAGAACACAUUUCAUGGAACUGACUUGAUAGGUUUAUUUUCACUUUGAAAAAAAAAAAAACAUGUUAUGACACUUCACUAAAUGAAAUCACCAUAUUGGGGCCAAACAAAAUAUCUACUCAAUAUCUUAAAGAAGUAGCAUUGUGUAAGUAAAGAAGUACAGGUGACCAAUUCCUCUUCCAAAAUCAAUAAUAAUCGAAGUUUAAGUCCUAAUGCAACUGAGUUUGUGCU